AUGGAUUCCUUCUCGUCCUCGCUGCCGUCGUCAGGUCCCGGCGCCAACCCGGACGCUGUUAUGGAACAGAUCAAGGCGCAGCUCGCACAGGCUUACGCGCAGGAGUUUCUUGAGACCGUCGGGAACAAGUGCUUUGAAAAGUGCGUGACCAAGCCAGGAUCAAGCUUGAGUGGAAGCGAGAGCAGCUGCAUAUCACGUUGUGUUGACCGCUACAUUGAGGCCACUGGUAUUGUCAGCCGCGCUCUGUUCAGUUCCCAGCGCUGA